UGUCGCUGCGCGGUGGCAGCACUGUACCGAUCGCGCCAAAAACCUGGGCGUGGACAUUCUCAUUUUUUCCUCGAAGGCAUGGAAAUUUAACCACAAGGCCAUGCUUUUUGUAACGUGUAUUUUCCGCGAAUUUAACCUCUAACUGAUAAAAGAAGUGUAUUUUUGUGUACUUGGAAUUAUGACCGCGUACCACGAUGAAGUAGAAAUCGAGGACUUCGAGUACGACGAGGACGAGGAGAUGUACUAUUAUCCGUGUCCUUGCGGCGAUCAGUUUCAAAUCUCGAAAGAAGAAUUGGCAGCCGGGGAAGAGGAAGCAACAUGUCCGUCCUGUUCUUUGAUUAUUAAAGUAAUUUACGACAAAAAAGCGUUCGCAGCUAAGCUGGAAGAGCUUUCGAAGAAUAAGAAGAAAGAAGCAGUGGCUCAGGAAGCUUAAG